AUCAGCCACAAGCAGGAAGAGUAUUUGUCAUGCAAGUCUCUUAGAGAAACAUGAGCUUUUACUCACUAUGUGGUUCUGUAACUCUCCUUGGGUUUUUCCUCUGUAUAUCAGAGGUAGAGAGCAUGAGGACACUGAAAAAUGUAGCUGUAAAAAGAGGAGGAUCUGUCACUAUUCCAUGUCUUUAUGAUGAGAAGUACAAAGCAAACAGUAAAUACUGGUGCAAAGGGAACUAUUGGUCUACCUGCAGUAUUGUAGCCUAUGCAAACUCAAGUGGAAAUCCAUCAGUCAUUGAUCAUCCAGAGCAGAAUUUGUUGACAGUUGAACUGAACUCUGUCUCUGAGUCUGGAACGGGUUGGUGUGCUGCAGAAAUUGGGGAUAAAUGGCAGCUGGAUGACCGGGAAUAUUUGUACCUUACGGUUAGUCAAGAUCUGUCAGUGAGGGAGAGCAGAGUGAGAGGUGAGGAAGGAAGCAGCAUCACAGUCCAGUGUCUCUACAGUGCUGCGUAUCAGAAUACACAGAAGCAGUGGUGCAGAUUUAAAGAUGGACAAUGCAACACAGUGAGGACUGAAACAUCCCAGAAUUCAGCAGUGUACAUCAGUGAUGUUGGGAGAAGAUCCUUCAGUGUGAAGAUGAGUGGACUGAAGAAGAGUGAUGCUGGAUGGUACUGGUGCAGUGCAGGAGAUCUGCAGGUUCCUGUUCACAUCAGUGUCAGUGAUCCACCUCCAGUCACUACAUCAAAUACUACAACAGUGACUACAACCUCUCAUCAAGACAAUACGUACACAUCUGACUCAAAGCACAUUUCAGUGUUUGUGACAUCAGUUCCCAGCCGUAAUGAAACCACUAGUUUGGAUUGGACCCUGAACCAUUGGUACCUGGUGGCCCUUCUUCUGCCACUGGUGAUACUGGUCAUCAUCAUCUGUAUGCUCAGAAAGAAAUGUGAGUUAGAGAAACAACCCAGGAUCAGAGAGAGGAGCAAUGACACCACUGUUCCCACAGCGAACACUGAUGAAGACUCCAUUGUAUACAGCACAGUUGCUGUUUCUAAGCCAAAGGCUAAGAAUAAGCCCACUUGUACUGCUGAAGACUUGAUUAUAUACAGCACUGUGGCUACAAAGAGUAAAAAACAGGCCACUUUUACAGAUGAAGACUCCAUUACAUACAGCACUGUGGCUAAACGCAAGCCAAAGGUUUCUCCAAAUGAUGUCACUAAUGAGACCCUCUACAGCUAUGAGGUUUACCAGUAAGAGAGGAUGACUUACUGUCCACUGGCUGUGGGGCCUCAGGGAUCUCUACUGGGUCGUGUGUCCAUCCUCAAUAUCCUUACAGAUAAAAUCCCAGUCAGGACAAGGACAACAUGCCCCACACUCACUCCACAGACUUACAUCACAGUCACAUGACCCUCCGUCAUUCAGAAAAAAAAUAACAGUUUCCUCACUGUAGCUAUCAGUUUUCACAUAUUCUCUUCUGUACUUUCAUUUUUUUGUCUUUUGCUUGAUCUGAAAUGUGUUUAUAGUGUUUAUAUUUCAUGUUUUUAUUUCAUUAUAUUUUAACUCAAAAUUCUUUUACAUUAGCUCUUAUCAUUUCUGUUCACAUGGUCUACAGUCAACAUUAGUGUACAACAUAACACACUGCAGAACCCACAACGCUUAAUGAGUAAAAACCUGUAGGAAAAAAUAUCUUCUGAUUUUAAAUUAAAGCAUGUUAUUAUCACACACUGCUAUGCUAUGCUUUUAUUAUAACCGCCUAGUGAAGCCAGUGUUAAUAUGAGUGAUGAUUAGGAAAACACUUUACUUGGUGAAAUUUUUACUAUAUGUAAAUGCUGAAAGAUUUACAUAUAGUUGAAAGAUGAAAUGCUUCUCUUUUAUAUAAUUAAGGAAAUAAUUCAAGAUAACGGAUCACAAGCAGCAUGGACAUUCUGAUAAACUGUGCUGGAAUCUGAUUACAAUCUGAAUGGAUAAGGCUCAUGACCCAGAACUUGUGGGUACAUGCUGUACUGUAAUGUGGAACAAAUGGUAGGUUGGGGUCUGGCUGUCGUAGAAUAGGGGCUGUGGUGAAACUUUUGUAGGAGUUUGUACAUUUCUAAUUGUACACUAAAAGGGCAAUUGUCAGGGCUCACCUUAGUGCUGCAUGGAGUGGCUUUCUCAGGACAGGCUACACAGCAAUGACCUGCUUGACCACAGUAAAGGUAGAGCCGUAUGCACAGACGACACUGACGCAUCUUUGGAGAUACAUUUGGCAAUUUAAAGUAUUGGAGAUGAGCUCUGCCUGAAGGGAAAGGUUUAGGCCUUCUUAGAACAUGGCUUUCAGUGCUGCAUCCUUUCAAUGUAAUUUCCUUUAUGUUUAAUUCAUUCAGGUCUGCCUGGAAAUCACACAAAAAACUAUCCAUAUCAUUUGUAAGUACUGAGAUAUUUUACACCCCUGUAACCAAAUGUGUAGAAUUUAUUCAUACAUAGAAUUAUUAGAUCACUAAUAAUGAAAAAUUAUUUUGCAAAAAAACAAUAAACACAUGAAGUAAAUAACUACAUGUCGUCUGGUUACAGUACUUAAGCUGACAGUUUGUGAAGGUAGUGGAACAAUUGCUUGGAAGGUUGUGAGUUCAAAUCCCAGCACCAAUAACAGGCUGCCACUUCUGGGCCUGUGAGAAAGGCUGUUAACACUCAAGUGCUCAGAUG